AAGUUGCCGCCAGAGGUGACCAAGUUGAAUAUCUACUUCUUAAAACGCUGCUUAGAUUUUGAGGAACUAGAAGGUAAAAGGAACUCUGGACAUUUCUUGAGAAUCCCUUAAGACUAACCAUUACCAGUUCAGCUUAAACCCAGUCUUUAGUAGGGUUUGUAGGUCUUCUGCCUGUUUAACUUGCAGAUUUGUUGACAUUCAUCUGCUGGCGUAGACCGUGGAGAAGAUGCUGCUCCUCUCUCCUGUGUGCACCUAGGAAAAGAGAUCUUGAAAACUUUGCCAGGUCCUCGAGAGAGAAAACUACAUGACACUACACCAUGAGUGACAGUAAAUGUGACAGUCAGUUUUACAGUGUUCAAGUUGCAGAUUCAACGUUCACUGUACUAAAACGGUACCAGCAGUUGAAGCCCAUAGGAUCAGGGGCACAGGGCAUUGUUUGUGCUGCGUUUGAUACAGUCCUUGGAAUAAAUGUUGCUGUAAAGAAGCUGAGUCGUCCUUUUCAGAAUCAAACCCAUGCAAAAAGAGCUUACAGAGAGCUUGUUCUUUUAAAAUGUGUCAAUCACAAAAAUAUAAUUAGUUUAUUAAAUGUAUUCACGCCACAGAAGUCACUAGAAGAAUUUCAGGAUGUAUACUUGGUUAUGGAGCUGAUGGAUGCAAAUUUGUGCCAGGUUAUUCAUAUGGAAUUGGAUCAUGAAAGAAUGUCUUACCUGCUUUACCAAAUGCUAUGUGGUAUCAAACAUCUCCACUCAGCGGGUAUCAUCCACAGAGAUUUGAAACCCAGCAACAUAGUAGUAAAAUCAGAUUGUACGCUCAAAAUCCUUGACUUUGGACUGGCAAGGACAGCAUGUACUAACUUUAUGAUGACUCCAUAUGUAGUAACGCGGUAUUACAGAGCACCAGAGGUUAUCCUUGGGAUGGGAUAUAAAGAGAAUGUUGAUAUCUGGUCAGUUGGGUGCAUCAUGGGAGAAUUGGUGAAAGGUUGUGUGAUAUUCCAAGGCACUGAUCAUAUUGAUCAAUGGAAUAAAGUUAUUGAACAGUUAGGAACACCAUCAGCAGACUUCAUGAAGAAACUACAGCCUACAGUGAGGAAUUAUGUAGAAAAUAGGCCAAAAUAUCCUGGUAUUAAAUUUGAAGAACUCUUCCCGGACUGGAUAUUUCCAUCAGAAUCUGAUCGUGACAAGUUGAAAACCAGCCAAGCUAGAGAUUUAUUAUCAAAAAUGCUUGUAGUAGAUCCAGACAAGAGAAUUUCUGUAGAUGAAGCCUUACGUCAUCCUUAUAUUACUGUCUGGUAUGAUCCAGCUGAAGCAGAAGCUCCUCCACCUCAAAUCUAUGAUGCACAGUUGGAAGAAAGAGAACAUGCAAUUGAAGAAUGGAAAGAAUUAAUAUACAAAGAAGUAAUGGAUUGGGAAGAAAGGAGCAAGAAUGGUGUGGUAAAAGAUCAGCCCUCAGAUGCAGCAGUGAAUAGCAACACCAGUCCUUCCCAGUCAUCAUCUAUCAAUGACAUUUCAUCCAUGUCAACAGAGCAAACAUUGGCCUCAGAUACAGACAGCAGCCUCGAUGCCUUGACAGGACCCCUUGAAGGAUGUCGAUGAUCAGCCAGGAUUGCAGACUUGACUUUGGAAAAGAACUCUUGCUUCCAUUGGGCCUGAAUUGCUUGUAAGUUAAUGGAACCAAGUAGAAAAACUCCAUGUUCUGCAUGUUCUGCUAAAGUAAUGCCUGUUUUUUUUACUCAGUUGUUAUGAAAUUGCCUGCUUAGUGUUGUAGAAUGAAAGCAAAUAAAUGUCUAAGAACAAAAAAAAAUUUAAAUUUAGACACUAUUAUAGGCUUUUCUUUAUUUCAGCCUAUUUCAGGUGAGCAGUUAUAAUCGACUUUUAGCCAAUAACUCUGUAAGUGAGUUCAUGAAUCUUCAGUCCCAAUUAGCAGGCUUCUGUGACACAAUAUUUGUUUACAUUUUAGUACAGUAUUGCUCAUUAGUAGGUUUUCUGAAUGUAUAUGAAGUUUGUUUUAACGUGUGACUGUGGCAGUUUGCUUUAUUUAACGACUGCAGUGUUGUACGUAAGUGUGAACUCACACACGGAACGCUCGCAGUACUGUGUUUAAAGGGCAGUUAUUCUUCCACAUAGCACUUUUUUUAUUGAGCCCUUUCUAUCUUCACUUUCCAAUGAUUCUGUCUCUCUUCUUGUAGAAGAGAUAAACGUGGAGUUUGAAGAAUAUAGCCAUCGCUUUGUAUUUCACCUAUGAGUACGUGUGUCUGACUCUUUCAGUUUUUUAAAUGUGGGUGGAAGAUACAGUGGCUUAAUUAAAUCUUAAGGAAGGAUGAAUGACUUAUUUGUGAAGCAGUACCUGCUCAGAAGAGGAGAGAGUGCUAAAAUGCUCUGUAUUUUUAGCUGACGAUACUGAUCCUUUAACAAAAACAGAAAAGGAAAUUAUGUCUGUGAUGCUCUUCAUUCAGUGCAAGCCCUGAUAAAAGGAUAGAUGAAAUGGAGAGACUUGCAGCCUCAAAAACAGCUGCAUAAAUGUUUUCCAUUUUUUUUAAUGGGUCCAUUCUAUCUAGUGAGUAAUUAAAGAAAUAAAAAUACAGUAGUGUUGAGUCAUUUAUAAAUUAUUUAGAUAACAAAGCUUAGCUCUAUUCCCGCAUUAGGAAAACCUCUCUAUUUGUACUGGGGGAGGAAAACAUAUUUAACACAUUUUCUAAAUACAGUGUCAGAAAAGAGGGGGAGAUUAUGUGCUGUUUCAGUACAGGCUUAUCAGUACAGUUUUCAGAAUCAGAUAACACAAACUUUACCUGUUACACGGCACAAUACCUUGAAUUAGAAAAUGCAUUUGCAGUAGAGCAGGGCUUAAAUUGCUUUGUACCACACACUCGUGAGCUUGUGCACGCUCACUUUGGAGUGCACAGGGGGAAAAUUUUGCUAAAGGAUCUUGUGUGUGCAUGCGUGUGAGCUUAAAUGAUGCGACUGUAAGAAUAAUAGAUGUACAAGAUGAGGUAAAACACCACUUUCUUAAAGGCACUAUAUUUCACUGUUGAUCCAGAUACUCUUGACUUGAAUAUAUAAACAGAACUUACCAAAUAGACUGACCCAGCCAGCCACUACAUUACUGAUAUAUUUCUCUUGUAAAAGAAAAUUGUCCAUUGUUUUUGACCUUACAAUUUGAAAAGCAGCAAUUUCUCUUUACUACAUAUUAAAAUUGUACCCCUUUUUAAUAGCUUAAUUUGCUGUAGCAAAAGUAUUUAAGUUUUACUGUCCCAGAAGGUUAAAAAAAAA